UGGAGCUCAGUUUAGCAUUGCUAAAGCCCACGAGCCCCGCGACAUCGCUCGCGCCCUAAAGAGAUAAACACGCAGGUUUUAAACCCAUUUCACCACAAACAGCAGCAGCAGCCUGUGAGGCAUGGCAGUUAUCCUGCCGCAGGGACAACAAAGGCUGGAGCAACUGCAGCCACAGUAAGCUAACAGAGGCAGGCUGGGAAGCAGGGCUCCGCCACGGGCAGCAGGGUUACCUGGGUGGGAAACACGCCAUGUUCCCUGUAGUUAGCCAACACCUCGGACAGAUACUCUGGACGCCGUUCCUUGAGAACCGACACCAGACCCUCUGUGAGCCUCAUAGCGGCGGUGCCAUGCAUCCAAGCAGAGUUCUGGUUCAUUGAGCGUCUUCCUAACCCGGAUGGCGAACGAGCGGCUCCGAGUCCUGGAGGAGGUGGAGAAGGACAUCGCUGUGGUCCUGCAGUGUGCUGGAAACAUUGUUCUGGAGCUCUCCAAAGACAAACACAACGCCAGCCACCUGGACAGGCAACUGGUCCAGUUCCAGACGUCCAUCAGUCGAGUUGAGAAUGAACUGGGCGCCCAGAUCCGCUACCUCACACAGGUAGCUACUGGUCAGCCACACGAGGGCUCCACUUACUCAACCAGGAAGGACUGUCAGAUGUCACUGAACAGAGCUGAGUAUGCAAAGGUCAAGCUGGGAGAACUGGGUCGGACAUGUGAAGCCAUGCUGGAGCAGCAGCAGCAGCAGCAGAUAUGACAGAACAGAGGCCACGUGUCUGCCAGCUGUUGCCGUGGUCACCGGGUUCACAGCAGCAGCCCCCUGUGUUUGGUGGGACUGUGUGUCAGUAUGGUGCUUAAAACUGUUGGAGUGAUGCAAACCAAGACUCUGCACAAAAGGCAGGCUUUUGAUUCGUUAAAUAGUGGUAUUUUUUUAAACAUAAAACUUUCAUUUUGUAAUUGUAAUUUUAUGUUGUGCAACAUUCAAUAAACUUGUAAAUUUCUGCACAUCUCCGACAUCCAAGUCCAAGUUCCAACAAUUCCUUUCUUGUGGGAGGGACUGCGACGUCAACUGCUGGCUGAGAACUUCCUGUGUUCAAGUGAUUCUCCCCUCAGUAAAAACGGCUUUUCCAAUGAAAUACGAUCUUGGUGAACAGAACUCUGGUCUGGUUAUUUUUUUAUGUUUCUUGUUUCAAGAAAACGUAAUUUGAUGGUGAGGGAAUCAUUAAACCUUAAUCAGCGCUGAAUAAGUAAUUGACUGACAGCGUAAUUAAGUGUUACAUUUUUACAAAUAAGUUGGAGUUUGAAGAUGGAAACAUAAAUAGGUCUGGCUUCAAAAUCCAAUAUGGCUGCCUGGUAGAUCUGUUUUUAUGUUUUAAUCAUG